CCGACACUAGUGCCAUCAAACGAGCCAACUCGGCCUCCUCGCUCGCAGGCAGGCCUCUGUGUGUUUUGUGCUCGCGCGGAAGCGACUCGGCUCUUUGCGACUGCAUUCUUUCAGUGUGUUUUCCAGCAGGUUGUGCUGCAGAGGAGCUUCGCCAGGACUUGCCCUGCCACGGCCGCCGCCUCGGGUAGAGAGGAAGGGAAGGAAGAGUGGGCCGGCAGUGAGAUGCGGCGGCAGCAGACGAAAUGGAGGCCGCGUCGCAGAGCACGUGCUUCGGCGGGAGCGUCGGCGCCGGCUGGCGACUGUCUGAGGCGCGCCCCCGGAGGCGAGUGGUGCGGCGGCCGCUAGGACGGCCGCAUGUAGAGCUGCGUGUGAAGGAAGAGUGCAAGAAAAGCGCCAGAGAGUGAAGCAAUUGGGAGACGGUGCGAUCGGGCCGGCCUCGGACUGAAACGCGGUGGGGUUUCUCGGACUCGGCGCCCGGGGCGAGGGGGGUAGCAAGGCGAACGUGUGCACGUGCCGCCGGCCGCCGUCGGCCGUCUCGAACGCCCUCUACCGCAGCGGCAACAUGGCCCGCAGGAUGGCCUUCCACCUGCCGGGCAGCAAGCAGUCCAAGGGCGGCAUCGGCGCCUCCGCCUGCUACUACCCGCCCACCUACUUCCAGCACCACGCGGCCUCCUCGUCCACCUCCUCGUCCGUGGCGGCCGCCUCCUCGCACAACCCCUCGUCCAGCCACGGCCUCCUGCUGCGCGCCACCCCGGACUCGGACGACCUGCUGCUCGAGGAGAUCUCCGUCGUGUCCUCCAACGCCGACCCUGGACACGUGACUUACGGCAGCGGCAGCCUCGCCGCUAACGGACCUAGGGUCGUGCCCGGUAUCAUCACGAGCGGAGGCCGCGGCGGGCUGAACGAGCGGCUGAGCUCGUCUGGCACGCGGCUGGACUCGAGCUCGAGCCCGGUGUGCCACUUCAACAGCCGCAACGUGGACACUGUUUCGUCGCGCGUGUCCGGGGGGCCGUGUGCCGCGGCGGUGGCCGCGGCAGCGGCUUCGGCGGCGGUCAGACAAUCGCCCAUCGACAUGGUGACGGGGCGGGCGGCGAGCGGUGACAAACGUUUUUCGCGCGACUCGGUGUCGGGCGGCGGCGGCGGCGGUGGCUACGCGAACCGUUCGAACGCCGCCUCUUCGGAGCUGGACAUCAGCCGGAAGACGCGCGAGGCCCGCAGACGAGACAUCCGGUCGCGGCUGCGGCUCGACAAGUGGGAGCCGCCCCAGGCGGGUGCCGCGCCCCACCACCAUCCGCACCCGCAGCCGCACCCGCACCCCCAGGUGCAGGGUGUGCCCCGUAGCAGCGCCUCCUGCCGGCCAGGUGCCGCCAGCGGCGGCGGCGGCAGCGGCGCCGGAUCCAGCAGCGGCCAUGUCAAGGGCCUCGGCUGUCGAUGGUCGUUCGUCUUCGACCCCGCGGGCAGGCUGUGCUACUAUUGGUCCAUGGUGGUCUCGCUCGCCUUCCUAUACAAUUUUUGGGUGCUCAUCUACAGGUUCGCGUUCCAAGAAAUAACUCGGGAGUCACUGUUGUACUGGUUCUGCCUGGACUACUUCUCGGACUUCCUGUAUCUGCUGGACAUCGCGGUGCACUUCCGCACGGGCUAUCUGGAGGACGGCGUGCUGCAGACGGACUCGACCAAGCUGCGGCACCACUACAUGAACUCGACGACGUUCUACAUCGACUGCCUGUGUUUGCUGCCGCUCGACUUCCUCUACCUGUCGAUCGGCUUCAACUCCAUCCUCAGGUCGUUCCGUCUGGUCAAGAUCUACCGCUUCUGGGCGUUCAUGGACCGCACUGAAAGACACACCAACUACCCAAACUUGUUUCGUGCCACUAGUUUGAUACAUUACUUGUUAGUGAUAUUCCAUUGGAACGGGUGUUUGUACCACAUAAUUUAUAAGAACAACGGCUUCGGCAGCAAGAACUGGGUGUUUGGUGAUUCCGAAAGUGCUGACGUGGUCAAACAGUACCUGCAGAGCUACUACUGGUGCACGCUCGCGUUGACCACGAUCGGGGACCUGCCCCGGCCGCGCAGCAAGUCCGAGUACCUGUUCGUCAUCGCGCAGCUGCUCUUCGGACUGCUGCUUUUCGCCUCUGUGCUCGGACACGUGGCAAACAUAGUGACCAACGUCAGCGCCGCCAGAAAGGAGUUUCAGGCCAAGUUGGACGGCGUGAAAACUUACAUGCGGAUGCGUCGGGUGCCCAACCAUCUGCAGGUGAAGGUGAUCAAGUGGUUCGACUACCUCUGGCUUACCCAAAAGUGCUCAGAUGAAGAAAAGGCCGUCAGUUGUCUUCCAGAUAAACUGAAGGCUGAAAUCGCCAUCAACGUACACCUAGAUACUUUGAAGCGAGUAGAAAUCUUCCAGAACACAGAAGCUGGCUUCUUGUGUGAACUAGUUCUGCGAUUACGCCCAGUGCUCUUUUCUCCGGGAGAUUUCAUCUGCAGGAAAGGGGAGGUGGGCAAGGAGAUGUACAUAGUCAACAGAGGCCGGUUGCAGGUGGUGGCUGACAACGGUAGAACGGUGCUGGCCACCCUCAAAGCAGGUUCCUACUUUGGUGAAAUCAGCAUUCUCAACAUGGGAACAGCGGGUGAGUGUAAUCGAAGAACUGCUAGUGUUAAGUCUGUGGGCUAUAGCGACCUGUUCGUGCUCUCCAAGAAGGACAUGUGGGAUGUCUUGAAGGAGUAUCCAGCGGCGAGAGUGAGACUAGAGGCAAUCGCCGUCAAGCGCCUUGAGAAAUACAAAAAGGCGCCUCUCGAAAGAGCUGCCAUGGGCAGGAGCCAGUCGACGCCCGGUCUGGUCGAGUCCAAGGGCCGCAUUCCGCUGGAGGAGAUGUGGGUGUCGCCGUUAGCUCCGUCAGGUGCCUCAAGCCUUGGCCCACCGCCUUAUUCGGCCAACUCGUUGUUUAGCCCUUCUCAUAGUCCCAGUAAUAGAUCUCGUAGCGGCGUGUCGCAGAAAGCGCUGACCUCGUCACCGGCGCUGUCGUCGUCGGGCCACUCGUCGGACGACGAGCGGCGCUGCGCCGACGUCACGGCACCGUCGAGCCUGAAACCAUCAGCAGCAGGCAAACAAGCUGACAUGGAGUCCGGCCUGGCGAGCCUUUCGGUGUACGACGACGCGGAGGCGGGUCUGCUAGCGAGCGGCGGCUGCGGCGGCGGCGCGGCGUCGAGCAUCGCGAGCGGCGUCGUGUCGGACGCGCUGCUGAAGGAGGAGAUCAAACGUUUGCGCGAGCGACUCAUGAUGCUGGAGACGGAGAACGCGGCCAUGAGCGUCAAGCUGAACCAGCAACAGUGGGAAGUGGAGCACCGGCUGGCCGAGAUCGAAAUGCAGAUCUGCGGCGGCUCCAGCGCCGAGUCGAGCGCCGAGGACAAUGAGCGCAACCGCGAGUCGUUUAUUUAACUCUCGAUAAAACCAACCGCGACAACACAACAACAACAACAACAACUAACACACAGACACACGCAAAACAGCUCAAGGAAUUCGCUUCUUGUUCGUUCGUUGAUGAUUCGUUCUGGUUGAUUGGUCUCUCUGUAUCGAAAAUGAUUGAUUCAAAGCAACGCAGAAAGCCCGCUGGCUUGUUGAAUUAUUCUAAUAAUUGAUAAGAUUGUAUUGUUAGAGAUUAUCCAUUUUUGUAGUUUUAAACGACGUCCAAAGCGGAGCUGCUUCUUUCACUCGACUUAAUUUUUUUAUUCAUACCCACGCAUGAGCGAUUGAUUGGUGUUUGAAUUUCAUAUCACAGAAAUGCUCAAUGACAUUCCAAUGCUGCCAUUCGGGCUAAGACAAGCAAGUUAUAUACUAUUUCAUGGCAUGCGUGUUGCACAGGUUGCAUAAAUUCUGUUUUUUAAAUAAAAUUAUAAGAAAAGUUGUGAAUUAAAAAUAUUUUGGGAUGUGCAAAGAACUGAUUUAGCGUGUAUAAUAUUUAAAUCUUUUAAUCGGGUUUUCAGCACAAAUUGAUAUGCUUUUAGGCCGAAUAAAAAUUGUUUUUUGUCAUUUUCAUUAAAAAUAUGACAAUAAUUAGUAUAUUUUAUAUUUUUAGCCCUGAAACUCAUGUUCAAAGGAUUCACUCACGCCAUUGACCACUGAAAGAGGGUGUAGAUCACAGGAAUUUAAAAAAUAGGGCGUGUAGAGUAAAUUAGUUCCCCAAAAAAGCGCAAAAAUUAAACUUUCGGUUUUACCAAUAUUAAUAAAAAAAUCCAUUUCGUAGAAAUUAUACAAUAAUAAACUAUUAAAUAUUUAUGUUAAUUUGAUGAUCUUAAUGUAUCUUGCACAUCCCUUACAAUAUUUUCCGACAGAAUAAAUAGUCUUGCGGAAAACAAAAACGUUACUAACGUAAACAUUUAAAUUUGAAUCCCUUACGCAGCAGCUCUGCUUUUAUUCACACAUCAAAAAUGCAUCAAAUCUCGACACACUCGCGUCAGGAAUCGUUUGAUUUGCAAUUUCGGUGUCGUUCUAUGAGCCGACAACAAAUACACACAAAAACAAGAAUGACGGAACAACUAACUAAAAUCAACGGGGAUCAAUUAAAUGCUUUGGGAAUCACGCUGUUAACGAUGAAUACACACACGACAUAACACGGUUCUAUCUAAAAUGUGGUUUAAAUAACGAGGCAAGCCGUUUUUUCUAACUAAGAUAAUUGUGAUCAAAGAUCAUCUCCCACAACAAACAAACAAACAAACAAACACCGUACUAGUGGCCCGAGACUGUGGAAAAGUCGGACGGCGUAUCUAAAUCAGCAGGCGGCCCCCCGCAGAGGCAAACGCACGCAAAAACAGACACGAAAUUCGCAAUAAAAGGUGAGAGUGAGUGGAAAGAAACGAAAAAAGCUUGCGUGCGAGCGAGCCGCGGGCCGCAGGCGCCAAGAGCGAGUUACCUGUUUCUGAGAGUAAUUAAAUUUAUCUAAUUCAAACGUAAAAAUCGACUUAAAACAAGAGAAAGUGAAAUUGUAAAUAGAUCGCGCCACACGGGAUACAAUUAACUAUUAAUUACUACUAAUUAUGCUAUAACUAUGACGCAAAAAUGUGAUCUUUCCUCAAACAACUAGAUUUUUAAUACAUAAAAUAAUUAUAUUAAUAAGACGAAAACCGGUAAAUAAGAAGAAUCGCGCGUGAAAAACGAAAAUCAGCCAAAUAUGAGUGCAAAUAAGAGAGUGCUUGAGAGUGGUUAAAUGAACUGUUGAUUUCAUUCGAACGCAUUAACAUUAUACACAUGACAUCUGCCUUAAAACGAGAGAGCUAUAAAUUAAACACACACGCAUGAGAAUUUUAGACGAGGGAGAGUGUCGGAGCGGCCUAUCAGGACAAAUUAAUUGAAAAAUUGUGUAAAUUUAAAAUGCAGAACCAAUCAACUCAUUGUAUGAAACAAAAGACAGGUCUUCAAGCGUGCGCACGACUAAUUUUGCAGAAACGUGCAGAAAUGCGACGUCAAGAAAACAUACACACACACACACACACACAUAUAUAAUUUUACGCUUUCGUGAUCGACACCGCGUGUCGAUCUAGUGGUGCGCAAAAAUUUACGGAAAAAAACAAACGCCGUUUGGAUUUCAAAAAUCCGCUACCAUACAUUAUUUGUCGGCCAGCUCGACAAGAAAUCGUUUAUUCAAAUAAGCAACUCACUUCGAGAGGGCAUUUUAUACCAAAAAAGAAGAGACGAGAUGACACUUUUUGGUUUUCCUUUCGUCACUUACACAUAAUCACACGCAAGAAGCCAAACGCAAAUCAUCCACAACACGUCAGCCACUUCGACUUCCUAUACUCUGUCAAAGCUAACACUCUGUCUUUAAAUGUAGACAAGAUGUUUCAAUUAUUCCAGUAAGAGAGUGCAUUUCAAAAUAAAUAUUGACGAAAAAUGUCAUAUCUGCUGAUUUACAGUCAAAUUUAUAAAAAAUUUAUUAAAAAUUCCUAAAUAAUGUUGUUGGGUAAUUCUCGGAAAUGCACUCUCGUCCACCAAAUAUUGGUCGAGCAUUCUGGAUUUCCGUUUAAGUGAAUGAUGUAAGAAAUUAAUCUGGAAAUUUCGAAACAACAUUAACAAAUUUGUCAAAAACUGGGAACGGGGACAGGACGUAAUCAAAAUAGCGCCUGUAAAAUUUGUAAAACGAAGAGGAUGGCAAAUAAUUUUCUCAGAUCAAUUGGUGUCUUUUCAAUCAUCCUGUUUAAAAGUAGCAACUUUCAUGUCCACGUACAGCUGACUCACAGAUUAUUGUAACCAUAAAACACACACAAACACUCCUUGCCCAAUCACACACACACAAACAAACACACACUAAUUAAGGACAAGUUUGCUCUUUCGAUUUAUUAUUAAUUUCUAGGAUAUAGAACUUAGAUUGUGGACAAUUACUAGUUGAUGCUGUAGACGCGAGUGCGGCAGCAGUUUUUAAUUUAGGAUCAACACACUUUUGCACACGUUUUACGAAGUACAUAUGAUGUUGAACUGGAAAUUGACAACAGCAUUGUUUGUGUUAAUCUCUCUGGUGACGCGUAUUUAGUUGAAAUGUUUCGAAUUUUAUCUGUUGGCGACACAGAAAACUGAUUUCAUUGCUUUUCUGGGCUCAUUGCAUGGCACUAAAUCUGGCUAUUUUACUGAUCAUUGUAAAUAAUACAAAAUGCUCCAAACACUUGUUGUGUACAUGAAAAAGAGAGAGUAUUAUGUAAUAAAUGAGGAAUUAUAUAAAGAAUUUUAUUGUAUGGUUACACA